UGCGUCAAAGGAUGCAACAGUUAUUCUAAACAGAAAACAGCAGAUGGGGCCUUACGGUUUUUCGUAUUCCCCACUUGGAAAAAAAAAAUACGGACCGCAGACAGAGGACUUCACAAAGAGGCGUCGGGCUGCAUGGGUCGCUGCUGUAAGAAGGAAAGACAUCACGUUUCAUAAAAUAUCUCCUCAUGCUCGUGUUUGCUCUCGGCAUUUUCAAAAAGGUCAACCCGCAUAUGAGAUGAUGAAGACUGACCCAGACUGGGCUCCAUCCCUGCAUCUGGGCCACACUGACAUCAGACCAACAGACACAGAACGCUCUUUAAGACGUGGUUAUCGGGAACAGCUGAAAAAGAAUGCCCUGCAAGCAACUGAAACGGGGCUCCAUCGGGCUGAUGAAAUCCUUGAGCAACAGGAUGAAGUAACACAUGAGGCGACAGAGAACCCUAACCAGCAACAGACUGACACGCAGAAGGCUGCUGAAAACGUUGGCCGGCCAAACACCAAGGAUGACACAGAAGGUGGUCGUCAGGAAGGACAGACAGAAUGUAACCUGUGUGUGCUCAGGUGUGCAGAGAUGAACCAUCUUUUGGAAGAAAACAGAGAGCUGCGGCGUGAACUUGAUGAGCUGCGGAUCUCUGAUUGCUUCUUUGGAGACACUAAUGAAAAAGUCCAGUACUAUACGGGUCUACCAAACUUGGCACAACACUGCAAACAUGUGACAGGUGGAGGGAGCAGCACCAUCUUUGAUUUGGCUGACAACAAACUCAUAGAAGCAGGAGCGUCAAUGACAGACGACGGCAGGAUGUCCAUGUGA